AUGGAAGAGGGAAAUCACUCGGUGGUGACUGAGUUCAUUCUCUCAGGACUGACUGAUCGUCUGGAGCUGGAGGUCCCCCUGUUUUGGCUCUUCCUAUUGAUUUAUGUUGUCACCAUAGUAGGGAACGGGGGGAUGAUCUUCUUAAUCACGAUUGAUCACCGACUCCACACCCCCAUGUACUUUUUCCUCCGGAGUUUGUCUUUCUGUGAUCUCUGCUAUUCCUCGACAAUCGUCCCUAAGAUGCUGCAGAAUUUCUUAGCAGAGAGGAAAAGCAUUUCGCACCUGGCCUGCACUGUCCAAAUAUACCUCCUAGUCACUUUUUCAGAUGUAGAGUGUCUCUUGCUGGCUGUGAUGGCAUAUGACCGUUAUGUGGCCAUCUGUAACCCGCUGCUCUAUAGCAUCACCAUGUCCAGGCAGCUUUGUAACCAGCUCGUGGCUGGGGUAUGCGCUGUGGGGUUGGCAGAUGCAAUGAUACAAACAUGUUGUACGUUCCAGCUGUCAUUCUGCAGCUCCAACAUCAUCAAUCAUUUCUGCUGUGAUGUCCCUCCGCUUCUGCCCCUCUCUUGCUCUGACACCAGCAUCAGUGAGAUUGCGAUGUUUGCCUCCAUAUGCUACGUGGUAGCGACCAGCUUUGUGACAAUCCUCCUCUCCUACGUCUGUAUCGUCUCCACCAUCCUGAAGAUCAGCUCCGCCGAGGGCCGGCGCAAAACCUUCUCCACCUGCGCUUCCCACUUGUGCGCGGUGGGCAUGUUCCAUGGCUGUCAAUUCUUUCUGUAUUUACGUCCCUCCUCUAGCUAUUCCCUGACUACAGAUAAAAUAGCCUCAGUGUUCUACACAGUGAUGAUCCCCAUGUUGAACCCCCUUGUCUACAGCCUGAGGAACAGGGAGGUUAAAGAUGCCCUGAGGAAAGCAGUGAAUAAACACCUAAGCCAUCUGUAA